CAUGCGCACCGGCUGCCGCUCGGUGCCGCCAUGAGGGUGCUGGUGGGCGGCGGAACUGGCUUCGUGGGCAGCGCCCUGACGCAGCUGCUGCGGGGCCGCGGGCAUGAGGUCACUCACGUCUCUCGGCGAGCCGGCAGGGACCGCAUCAGCUGGGAAGAGCUGUCCCGCUCCGGACUGCCCCUAUGCGAUGCUGUGGUGAACCUGGCUGGUGAGAACGUCCUCAACCCUUUCCGCAGGUAAGGAUCCCCCAGAGUGGUGUUGAGACGAGGUGAAGGCAAGGUGAGCCAGGUGUCAGAGAAUCUAUGGAACGAUACCUUCUGCAAGGAAAUCAUCAGCAGCCGGGUCGAGACCACUAAGACCUUGGCCAAAGCCAUUUCUGAUGCUGAACAGCCGCCCCGUGCUUGGGUCCUCGUCACUGGCGUAGGCUAUUACCGCCCCAGCCCCACAGCUGAGUACACUGAGGACAGUCCUGGAGGGGACUUCGACUUCUUCUCAUGCCUGGUGAGCUCCUGGGAGGCUGCAGCUGUCAUCCCUGGGAGCCCAACUCGUGGCAUUGUGGUGAGAUCUGGGGUAGUGCUGGGCCGAGGUGGUGGUGCAAUCUCUCAGAUGCUCUGGCCCUUCCGUCUGGGCCUCGGAGGCCCCCUGGGCUCGGGGCUCCAGCCCUUCCCGUGGAUCCACGUCCGGGACCUGGCCGGGAUCAUUUCUCAUGCCCUAGAGAGCGAGUGCCUGCGAGGUGUCCUCAACGGCGUGUCCCCAGCCGCCCCCGCCACCUCCAAUGGCAGCUUUGCUCAGGAGCUCGCUGCAGCCCUGGGCCGCCCAGCCCUGCUGCCGGUGCCAGCCUGGGCAGUGCGGGCUGCCCUCGGGGCAGAGCGCGCCCUGCUGUUGCUGGAGGGGCAGCGGGUGGUGCCCAGGCGCACCCUGGAGAGCGGCUACCGCUUCAUCUUCCCGGACCUGGCUGCAGCUCUGAAGGACAUCGUGGCUUGAGGCCUCCUUCCUCCCCUGGCUCACGGCUCUCCCGGGCUGAGAGAGGGUGGCCCUGCCCCAUCUGACAGUGGUGGGGAGCAGUCUGAGAAGCCUUCCCCCUGCUGUCUCCCUUUACACACCCCCAGUCCAGGACUCCAUAUCUCAUUGCCAUCUGCGGUCUCCACAUGCCUGCUUCUGGGGAAGCUUGUGACUGCUAAAUCUGCCACCUUCCCUCUUUGCAUGUGUGGGACUGGUGCCUUUGGACUGUUUGUUGAGGCCUUAGGUAGGUGUUGACCACAUCUGAGCUUGUGCUAGGGAGAAACUGCAUAGUCCAUCGUGGUGUGAAGAAGUGCAAGACACCACUUGGGUCUGGAGGGAGCCCUUCAGCAUUUGCCUUCGUUGUAGUUCCCUAAUCCCAGGCAGGGUGUUAGAAUCAGCAAGCUGACCUGUGCUGGGUGACAGGCCCAGUUCAGUGUGGAGCAGUGCAGUGGGGACAGGCAGCAGUGCUUCAUCUGGAAUUACUCCAGCCAGCUUCUUAGAGCCUGGGGCUUCAAUCUGCUCCCCAAGAUGAUGUGAGCUAUAGCAUCCCUCUUGUCAGGCUUGCUGGUUAGCAGCUGAGUUUGGCUACUCGUGGAGGUGUGUGUACCUGGAUGAGGAAACAGCUGUGGGUUGUGAUUGGAAAGCAAGACAAAUACUGCUGGAGAAGCACUAGCAGCCCACAGCUCUUUUGGAAGGGGACUGCAGAUCCAUGAGAGCUCCUCACUCCGCAGAGGUCUCAGGGCUGUUUCCCUGUUUGGAUGUGUAACUCACUCAGGAUUUUGAGGGGUUGCUUCUGUGUGACAUUUGGCUCAGGAGCCCUCCUGAAGGACACAGCUGCUGUUUUCCUGUUUGCUGAAGCACUUUUCAGAGGCACACACAGGAAAGUGACCCACAGCUGCCAGAUGACACAGACUGCCCCAGGCAAGACUGCUGUCAGCAGCA